AUGACUUUAAAAGUUCAUCAUCUCCAAGUCUCUCAAUCUGAGAGGAUAGUCUGGCUCGCCGAAGAGCUGGGCAUUGACUACGAGUUGGUGAUUCACAAGCGCGAUCCAUUCCUCAGUCCUCAGUCUAUCAAGGAUAUCAACCCCAUCGGGCAGGCGCCCGUGAUCCAAGACGGAUCUCUUACUCUUGGGGAAAGCGGUGCUAUUACCGAGUACAUAAUACAUAAAUAUGGCAAUGGUAGACUGGCCUUAGGCCCUGACCAUAAAGACUGGGCGCAGUAUCUCUACUGGUUCCAUUUCGCCAACGGCAACCUACACCCUCAGAUGAGCCGCGUGAUGGUGUUGAAGCACUGUCACGUUGACGAGAGCGAACCUCACGCUCAGCGCCAUUUUUCGCAACUGGAGAAGUUUCUCAGGUUCUUUGACAGCCAUGUCAAAGACAAUGAGUGGCUGGCUGGUACGGAAUUUACAGCCGCUGACAUCAUGAACGUCUUUCCACUCACGACCAUGAGAACUUUCUUCCCGUACGACCUCUCAGAGUACCCCAAUAUUCUGAAUUAUCUCAAGCGCGCUACCGAGCGCGAAGGGUAUAAGAGGGCCAGGGCAAAGGGCGAUUCUGAGUUACCCCUCAUGAUCGACGGCAAGCCACCAGCACAGUUCUUCGAUAAGCUCAAGGCAGAGGGCAAGAUUUAG